UCCCCCGGGACAGCGAGCCAAUUAACGCGCUGAACAGGCACAGGCGCCUUUAGGGAGACGCGCGGGGGGCAGAGGAGAGGCACUUCCUUUUCCGGGUGAGCUCCCACUCUGCGCCGAGGAAGGAACAAGAGUUCUGUUUUAUGGCUGCUCCAGGAAAGGUGGCAGCUUUCCGUCUGCCUCCCCUGCCAACUGUUGGAGACAUCAUUAAACUCUUCCGCCUUAAAGCACAGAAACAACUUUCCCAGAACUUUCUACUGGAUUUGCGAUUGACAGACAAGAUAGUGAGACAAGCUGGCGAGCUGAAAAAUGCCCAUGUUUGCGAAGUGGGCCCUGGGCCAGGAGGAAUUACCAGAUCCAUUCUCAGUGCUGGUGUUGAACAACUCCUUUUAAUUGAAAAAGAUGCUCGAUUUAUUCCAGGAUUGCAGAUGUUAUCUGAAGCAGCUCCAGGAAAAGUGCGUAUUGUUCAUGGCGAUAUCCUGACAUAUAAGAUGGAGAAGGUUUUUCCAAAGCACUUAAAAAAGAACUGGGAAGAUGAGCCACCAAAUAUACAUAUCAUUGGGAAUCUGCCUUUCAGUGUUUCCACUCCUCUAAUCAUCAAAUGGCUUGAAAAUGUUUCCAAAAAGGAUGGACCUUUUAUUUAUGGCAGGACACAGAUGACAUUGACUUUUCAGAAGGAAGUUGCAGAGAGGCUUACAGCUAAUCCAGGAGGUAAGCAACGUAGCAGACUGUCCAUCAUGUCUCAGCAUCUCUGCACUGUUGAAAACUGUUUCAUAAUUCCAGGUCAAGCCUUUGUACCAAAGCCAGAGGUGGAUGUGGCUGUGGUACAUUUCACGCCAUUGGUGCAACCAAAGAUACAGCAGCCGUUUGAGCUAGUAGAAAAAGUGGUUAAAAGUGUUUUUCAGUUUAGAAGAAAAUACUGCUUCCGUGGAAUUGGGACCUUGUUCCCUGAAAGUGGACGUUUGAAAAGAACAGAAGAGCUGAUGAUGACAGCAAAUGUCGAUCCAACUCUGCGUCCUUUUCAGCUCUCCAUGUCACAGUUCAGAAGUCUGUGCGAUACAUACAGGAAAAUGUGCGAUGAAGACCCAAGCCUUUUUGUGUACAAUUACAGAGAAGAACUAAAGCAAAAGAAGAUGAGGCCUUUACUUAAAAGUACCAGUCAGCUUGAACAGACUGAAGAGGAAAAUGAGCUGUAAUUGCAGCAGACUGAUUUUUUUUUUUUUUUUAAUUAGUUUUAACUCCUUGAUCUAGAGGUGUUGAUUCAGUAAGAGGAGGCUUAUAUAUUCCUGCAUCUGUGCAGGUAUGGAAGAACUACUUUUGAGAAAGUGGUGGAGAGAGAGGGCUUUCCCAUUUUAUUUAUUCAUUCCAUUCAGCUGCAGACAAAAGCGAAAAGACAGUCAAAGUUACAAGGAGCCUACAGGUUCUUUUUAAUUCGGGGGAAUGGCUAGAACAUAUACCAAAAACAAGAUAUGUUGUGAGACAUGUAAUUAAGUUGGGAUAGUUCUGAAAUAAGAGUUUUGUAUGAAAAAAAGUGAAUUAUUGAAACAUAAGAAAAAAUACUUUUCGUACUUCAGCAUGUAAGAUGGCAUGUGGGUUUUUGUGCUCUUUUUAUCCUGGAAC